AUGGCGCAGCGCAACUCCCUGAGCGCCUUCGCGGAAAAGUACGAAAUCAGGGGUGAUCUGGGAAAGGGGCGGUACGGCGUCGUUGCGGAGUGCGCGGAGCGCGUUUCCGGCAGGCGACUCGCCUGCAAGGUGGUAGAGGCGCGAAAGGAAGCGGUUGACGCGGCGCAACGGGAAGUAACGGCUCUUUCGCUCCUGAAAGGGUAUGAAAAUAUCGUUACUCUCGAGGAUGCUUAUAUCGGAGAGGGUGGGAGGGGGAUGGUGCUUGUAAUGGAGCUCGCUACCGGCGGGGACCUUCUAACGCGGAUAGAGCAGAAGGGACGGAUUCCGGAGUCCGAGGCGCGUGAGCUGUUCAAAGGAAUCGCCAUGGCUUUAAAGCAGUGCCACUAUAACGGGGUUAUUCAUCGUGACGUCAAACCCGACAACAUUCUUUUGUUUCCCGCCAAAACUUCUCUCCUUCGGCGAAUGUCAUCUGAAAGCGGUUCACACAGUAGGUCUCCAAGAUCAACCCUAAUAAGCGACUUCAUGGGUGCGUGCGACUUCAGAGGUUGCGAAUUCGCCACGAAACUCGCGGAUUUCGGAAUCGCGAAGGUGCUUGCGCCGGGGGAGAAGAUCGACGGCUAUGCAGGGAGCUCCCCUUACGAGGCUCCCGAGGUUUUGGCGGGAAAAUCAUACGAUUUCGCUGCAGACAUUUGGAGCCUCGGUGUUACCCUGUACGCGAUGCUUUCGGGACAAUGGCCGACUUUCGCGAACGGUCGCCGCGCGUUUGACGAGAGCAAGGACUGGGACUCUCCCUGCUGGUGGAUCAUCUCGAGCCGAGCGAAGAAUCUCAUCCGUUCGAUGCUCGCAACCGACCCGCAGAUCCGACCGUACAUAGAUGACGUUCUGAAUGACCCUUGGGUGUGCGGCGCCUCGUUGUUUCCAUCUUCAUUCUCCGGCUCAGGUUCUCCCAGAAGCAUUCCCAAGGCUGCUUCUGCUGUCCAACUUCCCCCUGCAUUUGCCAUCCAACCUGCGACUUCAUUUGCUACCACAACUGCACCUUCAUUUUCCAGCACAACUGCUGCUGCUGCUGCUGCUGCUGCAUCCACUAAGGGUCCCUUGCCUCCUGCUGAUGAUGAUUCCCCCUCCUCUGCCUUCAAGUUCCCGCUUGCAACGCUCACGAUCAAGACCACGUACAGAACCACGUGCAGCACGGUCAAGUCGUGCCGCAAGCUUGCAUCCGACGUGCUUCGGCAGAAGCAGUGGCGUCUCCAUGGCGCAUCUGCUGCUGGGAAGCUCUCUCCCGGACUUCGGGAAGACUCAGUGCGCGGGUGGCUGCCAUGGCUGUUGCUGCGGUUGAACAAUGCACUGCUGAUGGGAGUUGUGGCCUAA